AUGGCAUUGAAUCAGGUUCAACCAAAAAACAUACUUGCAACUUUGAAACGUAAAAGAUAUGAAAACAUCUCAAAUAUCAAGCAUGUGUACAAUAUUCAGUGCCGAUAUAAUAAGGCGCUAAGGGGGGAUAGAAGUGAAAUGCAAAAACUAUUGAAAUUUUUGGAUGAUAACAAUUACGUUUCCAAGUACCAGAAGUGCGAGGAUGGAGUAAUUGUUAGAGAUAUAUUUUGGAUUCAUCCUCAUUCCAUCAAGUUGUCCAACACGUUUCCUAUUGUUCUCAUCAUUGAUUCAACGUAUAAGACCAACAAGUACAGACUUCCACUACUGGAUAUUAUUAGUGUUACCUCUACUGAGAAGACAUAUUUUGUCGGGUUUGCAUUUCUAGAGAGGGAAAAGAAGGAGAAUGUUACUUGGGCUUUAGAGGUGUGUCCGACAAUGUUGAGGGACCAAGAAGAGAUGCCGAAAGUAAUUGUUAUCGACCGUGAUACCGCUUUAAUCAUGAGAUCCCAUUAA